AUUCAUCCCAAUGUUCCAUCCUCAGAUCCUAUAUAAAAGCCCAGGCUAUUCUGUUCAGACAAACCAUUUCAGAUCCCUGCAAGGCAGUCACAGGCACGAUGCUGUCCCCAACGUCCCUCCCCAGUGUGUCCUGGAUGCUGCUCUCCUGUCUGGUGCUCCUGUCUCAGGUCCAAGCCCAUCCUUCUCCUUCCACCCAAGCUGAAGACUCACAGAAUGCACUCCCUUCUCCAAAGAUCAGCUGUCCCAAGGGCUCAGUUGUCUAUGCCUCCCACUGCUAUGCCUUGUUUACUACACCAAAGUCCUGGUUUGAUGCAGAUAUGGCCUGCCAGAAGCGGCCCUCGGGACACCUCGUGUCUGUGCUCAAUGGGGCUGAGGGAUCUUUCGUGUCCUCUCUGGUCAAGAACCUUGUGAACAGCUACUCAUACAUCUGGAUUGGCUUCCAUGACCCCACACAGGGCUAUGAGCCCAAUGGAGGGGGAUGGGAGUGGAGCAGCGGUGAUUUGCUGAAUUACCUUGCCUGGGAGAGAGAUCCUACCACGGUCUCAAACCCUGGAUACUGUGCGACCCUGUCAAGAAGCGCAGGAUUUCUCAGGUGGAAAGAUUAUAACUGUGAUGUGAAGUUACCCUAUGUCUGCAAGUUUAAGGACUAGGGCAGGUGGGAAUUGAUCACCUGGAGUUUGGUUUGCAGUAGAUCAUGAACUUGGAACUACAUGUGAAGACUCUCCCAGGAAAGGACUGUUCUUCUGCACACUUCCAAAUCAGACUACCUCAUUUUUACCUUUCCUGGUCUGCUCGCUCCUUUAACCUCAUUACAGGCUCUCUGUGUUUUCCAUUGCCUGUGGUCUCAGUGAGCAAUAAUAAAAAUUUUAGUUCACAUC